AUGCAGUUGAAUACAAAAACAGUCGUUUUCGUUCGUUUUCUUGUUUUUCUUCUAUUCUGUAAUGAUCUUCUAGUUGACAUGGCCGUUGUAGAAUCUGUAGUUAUUAUUCAUGAUGCUAAAUCAUCCUGGGAUGUUGAUCGACCUUUUCCUGGUCCUCUCAUUCGAGCAAUGUUUGCUGAUCGAGUUCGUAUUCGUAUCACUAAUAUGUUACGUGAUCAAUCAACAGCCAUUCAUUUUCACGAUCUUCAUAUGAUUAAUAAUCCCAGGGCUGAUGAUACAGCACACAUUACUCAAUGUCCUAUUCAUCCCUAUGAAAAAUUCAUCUAUGAAUUGAAUAUAACGCAAACAGGAAUCUUUUGGUACCAUUCGCACAAUGCUCAACAGUAUGCCGAUGGAUUAAUAGGUCCAAUCAUACUUGAUCAUGAUAUUCUCGAGCAACGAUAUGACUAUGGAUCACAUGAUUAUGUUAUUAUAUUGCAAGAUUGUACCUGGAAAGAUAACUGUGGUCAUGAACAGCCUGUUCAAUGUAUUCCACUGCGAGCAUCAUUUUUUGGUUCAUGCAAAUCUGAAGCACAUCCGAUUGAUGAAUUUUUAUGUUCACCUCAAAAAUCGAUACGCUUAAGAUUAAUCAAUGCUGCUAGUGGUAUUCCAUUUCGUUUCUGGAUUGAUCAACAUAAUCUUACGAUUGUUGCUAGAGACAGUAUUGAGAUUGCAUCCAUUUCUAUGUCGCUUGUACACAUUGCUUUUGGACAAAGACUUGAUUUGAUUGUUGACUGCAAUCAAGAUCUAUCUGUGAAUUACACUAUAUUUGUAGCUAGUCGAAAUAGCUAUCAGCCAUCGCUUAAUAAUAUUGGAGCAACACCACCAAUAAGUAAAUCUCAUUCAAUAGAACAUGACAAACUCGAUUCGAACGAUUUGUUUUUCGAAUAUAAAUAUCUAAAACCAUUUAAACCUCGUGUCGCUCCAGCUGCCAUUCGUCGUAUUACGCUUGCAAGUGAAGUCCGUUGGAAUAAUCGUACUGGCAUCGAUGCUUUAGAAGAAUGGUCUGUCAAUGGUAUUACUUUCGAACCGCCAAACGAACCUUUACUUCUUGCUAAUGUUUUCGAUGGUACAUUCAAACAUUGCGUUGCAUACCAACGUGCUGGUCGUGUUAACAAUAAACAUGUUACUCAUAUCCAGCAUCUUGAAUAUGGUCAAACUUAUGAGGUAUUGAUGAUUAACUAUGAUUCUCAAUUGCAUCCUUGGCAUCUACAUGGAUAUUCAGUUGAGUUUACUGCUGUUGGGAAAAUUCCCAAUUUAAAAUCAGCUAAAUGUAAUCAAACACAGAAAGAUGUUCGCCCAUUUAAUUAUAACACUGUUUUGCUGCCUCUCAACUCAACACUUCCUGUUCUUAGUGUCGGUGAUUCAUUUACGGUACCCAGUGAAAGUUAUGUUGUUUUUCGAUUCACUGCAAAUAAUCCAGGUCCAUGGUUUUUACAUUGUCACAUGGAAUGGCAUAUUUGGCCUGGCAUGGCUCUUGUAUUUUCUGUAGAAAGAAACGGACGAUACGACGGACUCAUUCAAUCACCGACAACAAGUUUUAGUACAUGUGGCAGAAGAACUAAAAUAUCUUAUCAAUCAUCUAGGCUAUUGCUUUCCAAUUCGCAUAAAACUGAACUAUGA